GCGUCACCUCCCCCGCCGUGCCCGGGGGUGCCCAGCACCUCCACCCGGGCUGGUUCUGCUCUGCCCCACCAGAUUCAGCCCAGACAAAACUGCAUUAUCUUCCUAACGGCCGUUUCCACACCUGGGAGUGACACACUUUCCGGGAGCCAUCCCCCUUCCCAGCCCUGGGCUGGUUCCUGCCCCGCGGGGCUGCGGGCGCCGCGCGGGGCGGUUGGUUCCCUCCUCUUGCACAUCCUGCCCACAACUGGCACCCGGCUGGGGCUGCAGGCAGGAAGUUCCUCCCUCUGAAGCAACCCUGGAGUGAGAAAGAGCUCGAGGGUUUGAUGCUAUUUUAAGAAGAGUUUCUCAGGCAGCUCAGUUCAGUGAAAGAGAUCUUGUCUGAGGGGCUGUGUUGCAGGUGACCAUCAUUUAGGUGGUGGUAGAACCACACGGAGAUGCAGAACUUCACCAGCAGUGCAAACACAACUCAAGAACAACCUGCUGAGAGAGAUUUGUGUAGAUUUUCAUCAACAUGAAAGCCAGCAGAGCCACAGGAGGAACAUUUUGUUGAACAGGAAACAGCUUGAGCUUCCAUUAUCAAUGGGUGAAGAUGUUUUGCUCCUGAAGCCCUUUGGUCACGGAGGGUUCCAAGGGACAGCAGCACCCCAAGAGGCCUGCAGGCUCCCCUUCUGCUGGACAUGGCCAACUUCUACUAGACCUGCCAUGACGGCAUUUUUUCCCAGUGUUCCCAACUGGAUUCAAGAUGCAAAGCAGGAGGAGGAAGAGACAGGCUGGAAAUUAGUCCCCAGACCAAGAGGCGAAGAGACCAACAGUCAGGGAAAGUGCCAAUGUGAAAUCUCAGACUCCUCCUUCCCCAGCACGGACAAGCUGAGGCCUCACACGCUGCCCCACCCCGAGCAGAGACCCUACAACUGCCCCCAGCUGCACUGUGGGAAAGCCUUUGCUUCCAAGUACAAGCUCUACAGGCACAUGGCCACGCACUCAGCUCAGAAGCCCCACCAGUGCAUGUACUGCGAGAAGAUGUUCCACCGGAAGGACCACCUCCGGAACCACCUGCAGACCCACGACCCCCACAAGGAGGCUCUGCACUGCCCCGAGUGCGGCAAGAACUACAACACCAAGCUGGGCUUCCGGCGCCACCUGGCCAUGCACGCGGCGGCCAGCGGGGACCUCAGCUGCAAGGUGUGUCUGCAGAGCUUCGAGAGCACCCAGGUCCUGCUGGAGCACCUCAAGGCUCACUCUCGGCGGGCCUCUGGUGGAGCCAAGGAGAAGAAGCACCCGUGUGACCACUGCGACCGGCGCUUCUACACCCGCAAGGACGUGCGGAGACACCUGGUGGUGCACACGGGGAGGAAGGACUUCUUGUGCCAGUACUGCGCCCAGAGGUUUGGGAGGAAGGACCAUCUGACCAGGCACAUGAAGAAAAGCCACUCCCAGGAGCUGCUGAAGAUCAAGACGGAGCCGGUGGACAUGCUGGGCCUGCUGAGCUGCAGCUCAUCUGUGGCAGUGAAGGAAGAGCUGAGCCCUGUCCUGUGCAUGGCAUCCAGAGACAUGAUAGGUGGGAAGAGCUUCCCGGGCGUGUUGCCUGUGGGCAUGUACAGCACACAUCUCCAGACCAUGCCCAGCUCAGGGAUGCCCCAUUCUUUGGUUCCUAAUUCUCUUCCGAUGGGAAUGAGCUACCCUCUGGAGCCUUCUUCUCCCAUCUCCUCCCCACCACAACCUCCUCCAAAGUAUCAGCUUGGAUCUACCUCAUAUUUGCCUGAGAAACUUCCCAAAGUAGAGGUGGACAGCUUCUUGUCAGACUUCCCUGGCAGCCUGUCUCUCUCAUCUGGUGAGCCUCAGUCCUCUUCGCCUCAGCCGCCCCCCCUGGAGGAGGCUUUGCUUUCCAAGAGCCCUGCUAACCUCUCAGAGGCUCUCUGUGCUGCUAACAUGGACUUCUCUCAUCUUCUUGGCUUCCUCCCCCUCAACCUUCCUCCUUGCAAUCCCCCUGUGUCAUCAGGGGGGUUGGUCAUGGGCUACUCGCAGGGGGAGGCGCAGCCACUGCUUUCCACUUUGCAACAUCAACCUCAAGAGUCUCCUGGAGCUGGGGCCCCCCUGAACUUUGGGCCCCUCCACUCGUUGCCCCCUGUCUUCACCUCCAGCCUGAGCACAACCACGCUGCCGCGUUUCCACCAGGCAUUCCAGUAAGCUGGAGGUGGCGCUGGAGAGCAGAACUUCCCGUCGCCCUUCUGCGGAGAGCCUUAAAAACGCACAACUCUUCCUUCCCUUUGGGGUGUCAAAGCUUUGCAGAGCUGUUUCAGACAGGAGGUUUCUGAUGUCUGGAGGGAGCACUUGUAGACUGGAGCAGCCGUCCCUGUGCGAGUCCCAGCCCUGUGCAGCACAGAGGAGGCAGCUGAUAGACUGGAUGUAUUUUAUCUAAUUUUUUAUCUGUGAAUCAGGAGCCGCGCUUAGCACUGACCUUCCCCGAGAGCUCCUCUUCGGGAAGGGACUGUCCCUGAGAAGGAGUUGAGACUCUUUCAUCUUGGGCUAAACUUUUGAAAAGAGUCCAGCUUCCAUUUCAUGUUCUCACACUGCAAUUCUGGCCAAACAGCCAACACCUCCCUGCAGAGAAGGAGGAGAAGUCAGGACCCCCGCUGUGUAUGAAGCCAACGGGGAAGAGCCUUUCUUCCCCACUACCUCUCAUCCCGUCUCCCCUCACAGCCCACUCCACGGAAAGCAGCUACUCCUCACCAGUGUUAAGCAGCGAGACCGUUUACAGGGUGACUCCAGCCACCUCCCCAGCCCCUCCCCGCGGAGCCGCUGGGCUGAGCUCCUCACGGUGAGCAUUGUUUACACAACACGCAGCUGUUCCCGCCAUGGCAAAAAUAGGAGGCACCAACACCCUCUGGGUGUGUCCCUGGUGUAGCCAGAACACUGUUUACACAACGAAGUCAGGUCGCACUGAUUUCUCUUCACCUAUCAUGUUCUUCCCCCAUGGGGAAACCCACUGCUCUUCAGACCACUGCAGCCCCUGCCCUGCAAGCAGCAGCUUCCCACGUGCCCAGGGGAUGAAGCAGCUCCCAGCUCAGCUUCCCUGGCUGGUGUAAGGACAGAGCCCGUUCAGAUCUCUCCCCCAGGCAAACAGAUGGUGCAUCUGUCCUGGAAACCAAAGCACGUGGAAGAUCUGGGUGAGGAGCCCGGGGCCGCGGUGCUGCCCGGAGCUUCCCUGGGGAUGGGGAACAGAGUACGAGUUCCUAGGGCUUUUUACCCACAACAGCUCAGUGAGGUCAGUACCCUUUUGGCUUAUCCACGAGGCAGUCACAAGAGAUAUAUUUUUACCUCAGUCCUAGGGUGAUAACAUCCAGGAGUCAGGAGGAAUAAUUGGUCCCAGCUUCAUGUCCACUCAGUGUCUUUGAAGCCCUCUCCCCAACACUACCAGCUGUGACAAACGCUGGGGGUUGGGCCCUGCAGCCCCCCCUUUCCCUUAGUUAUUUGGUCCCACUGGCCUUUUGGUUCUCCUCAGAGUUCAAGUCCUGCUUCCCCUGCUCCCUGCCUCGCCUCUUAAAUCCUUCUGUGGACUAUCUACCUGCUGAGGGCAGCAGGGUGACGCUGGGAAGUGGCAGCCAGCUGCUGCUGCCAUUUAGCACCCGUGUUGUCCCUGCUCUCCUGCUCUGGGCCCUGCAGCACAGCACACGCAGGGUGAUGGACACACAGACACACACAGCUCUUCGUACCUCAGCACGGAGGAACCACUCUAGGCCGAUAUCAACCAGCAAACCCGUCAGUGCUGUUCUCCAGAAAUCUGCAAAAUGCAAGAUCUACCUCUGCUCUGUGACCUCAGCCCCCCAGUGAAGCCAGGGGCUGUGCCCCCCUCCCCAGCACAGCCAUGCAGGUCGCUCCCCGAGCCUGGUCCCGCAGCGGGACACCGGCCCCGACCCCUCCGUUUGCCUCCAGAACUUUAUUUUUAAUUUAGCUUAGUAAUUCUUCCCAGAAUGACUGUUUAGUGAUCCAUUGAUUCUCCAGAACAUAGAUCAGUUGUUUUAGGCUAGCCAGCAAUGCUGCAAAUAAUACUUUUGUAUCAAAAUGUAAUAUAAGAUUUAUUUACCUCAGCGAUAUCCUGUGGCAAUGAUCUCCCCGAGUUAAAUGCAGUACUUCCUUUCUCCACUGUAAGAUGUUGCCUUUUGAAGUCCAACGAGUGCCUUCUUGUUCUCUUAACAUAGAAAAGGUAAACAGGGCAUCCUGCCCCUCUGUUUACCACCACUGAAUACCUCAGGCCUGUCUUCUGUUGCUUUUCUCUUUGCAAAUGAACAGUUUCACACUGUUAGCAGUGAUAUGCAAAGGCCUUACCCCUGCCUUCAGUUGAGAGGAUUUUUUUUUUUAAGAAAGAAAUGGUUAGAGCUGAUCACUUGCUCAAGUGAGGGUUACCAGAUUUAUGCAAUGCCAUCACACACACCUUCUGCCACCUCAGAACAUUCAGCUUUCCUGCUUUUUGCCUGCAUUGUACUCUGAACAGAUGUCAGCACUGGAAUUCCUUUAGCAGUGGUAGCUAAACUUAGAGCCAAGGCAUCUUUUUCCUACCAGUAGUCUGUCAAAGAAUAAAUGGAAUUCAUUUUGCUA